AGUUUGGUAUCCGGGUUUAGGGCCCGAGAAAGUGUAACGACGAUGCUUCUUCCAGCAUCCAGGGGGGCUUUGCUCCUGCUCUUGGCCGGUCUCGGGGGCCUAUCCCUGGGGGAGGUGGGAGACUUCAGCCCCUGCCUCCAGUCCUUCUACAAGGGGGUUCCUCCACUAGGUGUAGGGAGUGAGGGGUACCAGCCUAUAUGCCAGCGUUACCGGAACCAGUACCACUUUGCCAGUUUGUACCAGCGCCAGUGGAGAGUUCCCCUCUACUCUGCAUACGUGUUUACAAAUGGUGAUGGGAAACGACCCAAGAGCAACUGGAUGUAUGAACCACAGCUUGCAUUCACCGGUGCCAGCCCGGAGAUGAAACACUUCCCGCGCAAGAAGCCCGUGGACCAGAACGUUGUGGAGAGCCAGGCGGUUCUCCAGGACUACGCCAACUCCUCCUACACCAAGGGCCACCUGAACCCCAGCCAGCACCACCAGAACCAAGAGGACCGCAAGGCCACCUUCACCCUGACCAACGUGGUCCCCCAGCGGAAAGGCUCCAACUCUGGCCCCUGGGCCCAGCUGGAGUCCGAGGUGAAGGCCCGUCUGGGGGCCUACUGCGCGGGCCCCGCGUACGUGAUCACGGGGGCCGUGCCGUAUGUGACAGAGCGCUGGAUGAACCAGCGCGUGGCCGUGCCCGAGUACAUGUGGUCGGCCUACUGCUGCCCCGUCCACGACGCCAGCCUCCCCGCCUCGCUCGCCUCCUUCUUCCCCACGCAUGCAGCGGUGGGACGGAAUGACAAACAGAGCGGGGGGGAGAUUGUUCCGGUGGAUCCCAAGGCAAAGGGCCCUUCUCUCGGGUACGAUGUGAGGAGGAUGUCCCUGGACACCCUGGAGGAUAUCUUACGGCAGAGGCUGUCCAUAUCCAUCCACCUGUUCACUCAGCAGUGCCUGGGAGAAGAGUGAGCCCCUGUGUCUACAUGUUCCCCAAAUACAGUUAGCCUGAUUCAGCCGUAAU